GGGGGGGGAUUCUUCACGUCUAAACUCUUUCAUGUACACAGAUGUCCGACUCUGGCCAGCUCUGCUACUAUAGCGGAUGCUGUCAACAAGCAACUCGAACUAUAUCCUGUAGUUUAUCUGCCUCUUUCAGCCUGAUUUGCUCGUCUUUCUCUCUCAUUUGAUUGGCCGGUCUCUUCGCUCCGGUCUUCCCCCCAGGUUGGAUUUGCUCCACGGUCUGUCCUCCGGUCUCUCUCCUGCCGGGGGUCUCUGGCUGCAUUCCUGAGGGGAGGCCGCCGCCGCAGCUGUGAGAACAGAGAGGAGAGAGAGGAAACUCAGAGGAUCCUGCUGCUGACCCUGCAGGGGGGGGCGGGAGGGAGGGAGGGAGGGAGGGGGGAGGGGGGGAGAGAAAUGGGGAGCCGAAUGAAACUCAAAGAAAAGAGAAAGCAGAGAGCAAGAGAAGAAGAAAGGAGCGGAGGUUACAGACUAGCAUUGCAGCCAGACUUUUUCCUGUCCUCUAGACAAAGUGGAAGGACAACAUUGCAGCCCUGUCUCUCUCUGUCUCUCUCUGUCUCUCUCUGUCUCUCUCUGUCUCUCUCUCUCUCUCUCUCUCUCUCUCUCUCUCUCUCUCUCUCUCUCUCUCUCUCUCUCUCUCUCUCUCUCUCUCUCUCUCUCUCUCUCUCUGUGUUGCAGCGUAGUAGUGAAUGAGGUGGUCCAGAGUGACAGGAUCAUAGUAGCGCAGCUCAGCAGAGCUCCUCCCCCUCCCCUGGCUGACUGACGGGCUUCCUGGCCCCCCCUCCUCCCUCUCCCCUCCCUCCCUCUCUCCCCCUCCCCUCCUCCUCCAGCGCGGCGCAGCGGCAGAGGAGGAUCAGGACAACAAGAGAGCGAGCGAGCGAAGAGAGAGGCAGGCGGUAGAGAGACUGCGAGAGAGAGAGAAAAAAGAGAGACACGACCGGAGGAUAGCCGACAACACAAAGACAGCGAGAAACACGCCUUUCUGCCUGACGCUCCGGAUUCAUAUUUUGGGGGGGGUUCUUGUUUAUUUUGGGGUUAUGUGCGGGUUCUUCUCCUCAUCUCGCUGUGUGUAUCGGGCUCCCAUCCUCCAUCAUCCCUCCACACAGGCACGGUAGAGACGGUCUCUUACGCUCACACACACACGCACACACACCCACCCUUUCCAGCGGAACGGCGGCCGUGGAUGUGUACGCCUGACGGAGGAGCGCCGUCGCCCGCGGACGGACGGAUCGACGACGGCGAUCGGAUGCCGAUCGAAAGAGAAGAGAGGUAGCCGUUAGCGCUGGCUCCAGAGCCGUGUGCUCUCCCUCCCUCCCUCCUCCCUCCCUCCUCCCUCCCUCCAUGGCCGCUGCCUGCGCUUGCAGCCUGGUGUCUUUUGUGUUAACGGCUCUCCCUUAGCCCAGCCCUCCCCUCUCUCCCGCCCGCCUUCAACACAGCUAUUGUCUGGAUCCGGGGGGCUCUCUCACAGUGCCCACCCAACCCCCGAACCUUCUCCAGACCACGCUGCCCCCCCCCCCUUCUCCCUCAUCUCCAUCGCCUGCCUCCUUCCCGCGCGGCUGCCUGGCUGCCUGGUUCAGGGCCCAGUGCUGGCUGGGUUUACACGUGAAGCUGCCGAUGCUAAGCCUGGAUUAAUGGCAGGCGUGGGCUGACGCUGGCUCGGACUACACAUCUCCCACCCCCCGGGAUCACGAAAGGAACCCCAGCGGACGGCACCAAGCUGAGCUCUGCUCGUCCGCCCCGUCUGUGCGCGCGCGUGUGUAUGUGUGUGUGAGAGCGAGAGCGAGUGUGUUCCAGAGAGAGUAUGCUUGUAGCAGGCAGAGACAGCGAGCGUUAAAGGGACGUCAGUGGCGGGGCGCUGGGCCAUGUGUCUGGUGUGACCGGGUGGAGGUGUAUCUGGAAGAGAGCCUGGAUGUGGAGGUGGAGGUAACCCCCCGCAGGUCCACCCAGCCCUGCCCGCUGCCCGGGACGGAGCCAGCAUGAAGAAGACUCGCAGCACCACCCUGCGGCGCGCCUGGCCCAGUUCUGACUUCUCCGACCGGGCCUCGGAGCGGACGCGCUCCCGCAGCGAGAAGGACUACCGGCUCCACAAACACAAACACUACCCCCCCCAGUACCUGUGCCAGUCCCCGCCUGGCUACAUCACUCCAGGUGAUGUGUCUCCUAUCAGCAUGUCGCCCAUCAGCCAAUCCCAGUUCAUCCCUCUGGGGGAGGUCCUGUGUUUGGCCAUCUCCGCCAUGAACUCCGCCCACAAGCCUGUCACACAGGAGGCCCUCACAGAGCACCUGGCAACAUGUUUCCCAGGCGUUCCCACGCCGACGGCGGAGGUGCUGCACCACACGCUGAGCAUGCUGGUCCGUGAGAGGAAGAUCUACCCGACGGCGGAGGGAUACUUCAUUGUGACGCCGCAGACCUACUUCAUCACGCCCUCGCUCAUCAGGACCAGCAGCAAGUGGUACCACUUGGACGAGCGGGGCGCCGAACGACAGACGCAACAACAACAGCAACAACAGCAGCACCAGCAGCAGCAGACUCAGUGUACGUCGCCGCUAUCCGGCACCAUCACCCCCUCCACUUCGGGCGGGGUCCGAGACAGGCCACACCCCAAAGCCCACGGGGACUCGUACAACAGUUACCGCGACGACCCCCCCAGCCACCACACCACGCUGCAGCGCCGUUCGCCCAAGGACCACCGCGAGGCCUACCCCUCCCCCCACUCCCCGCACUCGCCCCCGACCCAGCCCCCGGCCCCCGCCGUCCCCACGGAGAAGAGCCGGAGCACCCUCAGCUUCCCCUUCAAGAGCGACACGCUCACCAAGCACCGGGACCGCGAGGGCGGAGGCGGCGGAGGCGGCGACGCCAAGCAGGCCCGGAAGUUCGGCCUCAAGCUGUUCCGCCUCAGCUUCAAGAAGGACAAAACCAAGCAGCUGGCCACCUUCUCCGCCCAGUUCCCCCCGGAAGAGUGGCCACUGCGCGACGAGGACACCCCCAGCACGGUGCCGCGAGACGUGGAGAUGGAGAUCAUCCGGCGCAUCAACCCGGACCUGACGGUGGAGAACGUGGCUCGCCACACGGCCGUCAUGAAGCGCCUGGAGGAGGAGCGCGUCCAGCGGAGCAAGGCCAGCUCGGCCCAGCACAGCGCCCGCAGCCGGCGGAGCCGCGGCCACCGGAAGCCCCAGGCCAAGCCGUCGCGCUCCCACAGCAAGACCCGCGCCUCCCGUGGCGAGCCCUCCGAGGGCUCCAACCUGGACCUGGCCGAGAGGGACUACCGCCACUACAGCUCCUCGCUGGCGCGUUCGCCGCGCGAACACGCCUUCUCCAUGGAGCGCAGCCGGCAUCGCCACCACCUGGCGCACAGCAACCCCAAUAUCCUGGACGCGGCACACCUGCCCGUCACGCCCGAGUGGGACGUGUCGGGGGAGCUGGCCAAGCGGCGGACGGAGAUGCCCUUCCCCGAGCCCUCGCACGGGCCCUCCCACUCCAAGGUGCACCGCAGCCACUCCCACACCCAGGAGAGGAAGUCUCGCACCGAGCGCUCGGACAGCAAGGCCAAGGAACGCUCGCGCUCCAUGGACAACUCCAAAGGGCCUCUGGGCCAGGGGUUGAUGGGGCCCCCGGAUUACUACGAGCGCAGCCUGGAGGAACGCAGCCGCUACUACACGGACGACGGCACGCUGCGAGCCUCCGCCCAGACCGCCCACUAUGCCCGGGCCACGCCCCCCGCCGCCAAGCUGGCCGGCGAGGACGGGGGGGGGCGGAGCCUGGAGAAGAGCAAGAGCCGGGACAGCCUCCCUGCGUACGGCGAGAUGAAGGCGUACUCCCCCAAACCCCCACCCGCCUCCUCCUCCGCCGCCGCCUCACAGGACGAUUACUUCCACUGCUCCGCCUCCAGCGAGGCCGUGCUGACUGUGCCCAGCCCGCUAGGCACCCUGGGAAAGCCCGGCCACGACAGCCUGGGAGGGGGGAAGCUGGGGGGGGCCGACAGACAGACGCCACACCCCCCGGAGUACAAGGAGGAGGUUAAGGGUCAGAACGGCGGGCUGGGGGUGCUGGCCGGCCCGGGGGCGGAGCCUCUAUCCAAUGGGCGUGGCCCCCCGCACCACGCCUCCGGCUCGGGGAGCAUCGACAAGAGGAAGGAGAUCUUUAGUAAAGACACGCUGUUCAAGCCGCCCCCAAACGCCCUUCCUGGGGGCUACGGGGAGGCUAGCUACUCCUCCAAGCCAGGCCCCCUGAGGAGCACCCCGGUCCUGUCCUCCGCAGAGGUGCUGGACAGCCAGGAGGGCUUCGACCCCCCAGGACCCCUGCUGGCCCUGUCCGGUCCCCCUUCCUCCGGGCCCCCAGGCCUGGAGCCGGGGGCCCCCGGCGGCGCCGAGGCCUCCUUCGACUACUACAACGUGUCGGACGACGACGAGCUGGAGGAUGCCGCCGCCAAGAGGGUGGGGCCCGAGGAGAAGGCGGCGGAGGGGGGCGGGGGCGGGGGCGGAGGAGGGGGCGGGGGAGGCGGCACCAUGCAGUGGCUUCUGGAGAGAGAGAAGGAGCGAGACCUCCAGAGGAGGUUCGAGAGGAACCUGACCUUCCCCUGCCCCAAAGAGAACGACCCCGGGCAGAGCCAGCAGUCGGCUCACUCGGCCCGCCUGGACAGCAUGGACAGCAGCAGUGUCACGGUGGACAGCGGUUUCAACUCCCCGCGAACAAGGGAGAGUCUCGCGUCCAACACUUCCAGCAUUGUGGAGAGCAACCGCCGCCAGAACCUAGCCCUGAGCCCUGGGCACCUGGGCAUCGCCACGGGCAACGGCCCCCCAUUUACCUUCCGGACCAUUCCGGAGCCCCCCAGCUCCCAGCCGGAGAAACUCCAGAAGCCCCCCAACUGCCUGGCCUCCAUCACCAGCGUGUGACCCGGGGCGGGGCCAGGGUCAGGGUCAGGGGAGGGAUAGGACUGUUCCAGCUGACUGGCUCCACGUGUUCCAGAGACCCCACUCCAUCCAGCCCCGUUCCUGCCUGGCCCGUCAGCCACGCCUCCCCCCCCUCCAGCCCCCUCCCGCCCCCAGCCUCCCCAGGUUUCACCGCCUCACCUGGGACCGUCCUACUAAGUCCUCUCCGCUGGUAGUUUUAUCCGUGUCAGAUUGAUCAUGUGAUACUCUCAGGUCACGCGCUGCUCCGUUGCCCCUCCUCCUUGGUCUGGCGGCGUCCCUGCGGCGCCCUCUUCUGGUUGGGCGCUGUGACGCCGCUCUAGCUUGGCGUGUAGCAGGCAUGACACACUGCAGCUGGCGGCCAGGAGGCCACGCCACUGCUGGGAUCAGGUGAUGACUUUUGACAGGACCGGGGAUGGACCACUGACCACAGCAGACCUGGGCCCUGAAGGAAGACAGAUGUUUACAUUGGGGGCAGGUGUGAGCACGAGAGGGGAGGGGGAGGGGUGCUGUUGGGUUGUAAAUAAAGAGUGUAUAGUAGCUCAGCCGUGAGACAGGCAGGCGAGCGGGCAGGCAGGCAGGCAGUCCGAGUUAGGGUUAGGGUUAGUCAGACCUGGUGCUAUCCCACCUCUUACAUUCCUGUCAUCCAGAGCAGGGUUGGACCUGGAACUACACCCCCCCCCCUCUCUUCCCCUGACCUGAAACACACAAACUCCCACACACACAGACAGACAGGCAGGGAAAGACAAGCCCCUGGCCUGGAUAUCCAUAUUAACCCUGUGUGGUCUCAUAGUCUCUUCGAAACUACCUCCACAGCAGCAAAAACACUAGCUAUGUCCUCUAACUAGUACACUGUCAUCAGCCUCUUUCCUGUGAAUGUCAAUGUAAACACACUCGCUCACACACAAACACACACACAUACUAAAUGCUCAAAAGCCUCUUUUUUUCUAUCUAUCCCUCUCUCUCUCUCUUACACACACACACACACCACGUCAAAGUGCUGGAGUCCAGAGGAGGUUACUUGUGUGCUACUGCAGCGACCAGGUUCUCAGACACAGGUCCCAGGUCAGUGUUAGAGGGCUGGGGUGUCUGAGCCCAGGCCAAGCUCGCUCAAGACGGGGGGGCCAUGCUGAUGAAUCAGGCCUGUGGCAGGUGGCUGACCACUGUCUCUAAGAGCCAGGCCUUGAAUCCGUCUAUUCCUUCUCCUCCUCCUCCUCCGUUCUAAUGGGUACUAAUAUUGCAGGUCCGUAGACGACCAAUCACAGCACAGCAUGUUUUCACGGUACAUCAUACAUCGGCGCCCCACAGCUCUCUCUCUCUCUCUCUCUUGUGUACUCCUGUUACCACGACAACCACUACAGUAGGACUGCUACCACUAGCCGGGCCGUGGCCGGUAGAGCCACUAUAGAAUCCGGCCCCGUGUUCCACCAGGUGGAUCUCUCAUUCCCCUCCUCUCCUCCCGUUUGCACUGACAGACAGAAGCCUUCUCCUGGGCCAUUCAACACUCUUAGGAAAAAUACAUCUUCUGUUGUGUCUGAGGGAGAACCCUUGGAGAGAGAAACAACUUUUGGUUCCCAGUAGAGCCCUCUUUUUGGUGAAAUAGUUCUAGCUAGAACCUCGGUUAGAUAAAAAAUAAUAAUAAUUAAAAGCUCUACCCGGAACCAUAAAGGGGUUCCUGAAGUGUUCUCCAGAGGGUUCUCCCACAGAGACCACAGUUUAUGGCUCUGGGGAGGCCCUUUUUCCCUUAGAGUGUGGGGUCGUCCCCCAGACAGAAGCCUGGUCUCUGGUGGCAGUAGGAGCCUGUUUAUAUUGAACAUAUUUCAUAUGAGAUGCUGACAGUCCAUGAUAUGUCUUCCCUAAACACUGCGGAUUUAUAAUGGAGUUCAAUAACAUUGUUUCUAAUUGUGACGGUAUGUCAUACUGUAAAUGAUGUUUAUCUGUCAUGCCUAGUAAAAUAAUGUAAACAAUAAGAGGGAUUUUUUAUGUCCAUAAUAUCUAAGGGUCCCUACUUGUGUAGUACUGGUGUUUCCUGUUGUUGUAGUGGAUGUGAUAUGCCCUCCAUGGGUGGUGUACUUUUUAAGAUAAUAAAAUAACAUGUUUGGUUA